AUGGCGAGAUACACGGUUAACGUCGCAGCUGGAGGGCGUAGAGCGAGCUUACUCGUUGUACUUUCCCCAUCUCAGCUCUGCUCGGCCUUACACGACAGCGUUACCUCGCGCCUGCCAGCUCUGGGUCUCUCCGACGCGAACGGAGCUCAGAUGACUCUGCACCUGAACACAGAAGAUGGACCGAUGCUGGAUCUCGAGGAUCUCUUAUCUGAUGUCCUACCUAACGCCGAAGAGACUGUCUACGCAGUCGUCGAGCAACUGAAAGGCCUCGUUCAAGAACACUUGGGUUUCCCCACUGAGGAUGGCGACUGCCCUGAGCUAGAGUGCAACUGUAGCCUGGCUCGACAAAUCGACGACAAUGCCAUUCUCAACGUCAACGGAUCUGGGGACCACGACGCUCUCCAUACGGUCAUUCUCGUCCACUCAAACAACAUUGUGACCGCCAUCCCUGUCGGUGACAUCACCCUUAAUGCCAUCCAGCAAGCAACGAAGGAAUACAUGGAGCAUACGCAGAACCGAAGUCUGGCCAACAAGUAUGUGAACGUCGUUAAUGGCAUUGAGGAUACUAGCAUCCGGACCUCGGGAGACAGGAAAUUCCUCAAAGCUCCGGUCAUGGCCAUCUGCUCGAAGCAAUGCCAUUCCCAUCGUCAAGGUCGAGAGGAAGAUUCCGAAGAUUCCAAAGAUGACGAAGACCCUGCAGCCCAUCGAGAUCUAGUCGUCGACGUACACACAUCAGAGUGUCCAAUCGAGAUCACCGCACAUAACGCCAAUAUCACGAUUGAGGCGGCCGGAUUAGAAGAUUGCGCCGUCAAUGGUGUACUCAACAUCUACGCCGUACAACGAUGGACAAUGGGCCGCAAUGAGCGCGUCGAUCAAGGCAAAGCUGGCAUCUUCAAGGAGUCGGAAGCAUGGAAGCAUCAUGUUGGCCAGACUGACCGUGGAAUAGCCAGCAUGCUGUCUACAUUGCGCGUGUUCACUGAGCUCACCGCAAAUGGAAGCAUGGAGGACGAUCGACGAGACGCCGUGCUUCAUAUGGUCCAUCUCCUGACACAAUUCCCCCCCGCUAUCCGAGCUGCACAUAUCCUAAUGCGCGGCGAGACUCCUGGACUUCCGGAACGUGCUGCGCUGGCACAAUGUCUUUACGAGAUCUUGAAGAAUGUUGUCCCGCUGCAAACCAUCCGCUCCGAUCCAAAGCGGUUUUUUGAAGGAUCUCGUCUGCUAUUCGGUCUGAUAUUGGAGAAAGCCAAACAAAUGAAAAUCACUACUGAGGACGCCGGGCUACCGUAUAUUGGCAUGAAGGUUUACGACCUACGAAACUUGACCACGAUGCAGCCCGUACUGUCACAGCCGGUGCAGACAACAUCCGGUCUUGUCGAUGCGGGGUUCCACGAGGCUUUUGUCGAGCAAGGACUUCUGUGUUGGACGAAUGGCGACAGCUCGAAGCGAACCUCGACAGUCGACCAAACCUGGGACCGCAUUGCUAAAGUCUCUGGUGGUAUCAAGACCCAAGUCUUGGUGUUCAAUUCCGACGUCGUCAGGUCUAGCUCUCGCUAUGCGGACGAUGGUGACAUCAACAAGAUCAUUUCGCCUGCGGAGUACGUUGAUCUCACAUAUCUGGCCAAUCUCUGCAGCCGAAACCAACUGAGCGUCACACCGCCCGCCAAUCUAGCCUCUGCCUCUGCUCCUGUCUUGACUCUAGACAGAAAUGGCCUUCUUGCGGUAUACGUGGGUCGUGCCGGUUGUGCUGAGGCAGGGAGAGACAUUCUCCUGUUUCGACCAGGUUGUGCCGAAGAAGAAGAAGCCGUGGACGUUUCGAUCAUUACUCAGUUGCUAGAACCGAUUCUCAUCCAACGGAAGGCUGACGGGACCAUCGUCUUCGAGGCAUAUGGCGAUAAUCAUCGCAUGAUGACGGCACCGGACGAAGUGACUAUGAUCUGCGUCGACUUGAGCGCAAGCAUGAAAGACCGCUGUGGUUUCGACGACGUGCAAACAAGCGAGGAUGCCGACAUCGUGAUCCGGCGAGCGACACCGAUCACAGUAGCCGCUUCUCAAAUGCCACCAGUGGAGAACGAUGCUUUCGAGUUACCCGACGUCGAUGCACUGAAAGAGUACAUGAAGUCUCACGAAUCGUACACGGAUUUUCUGGCCAUCAUUGCCACGGGUAAGGAUGACUACCACCGCCGUCAGAACGCUGAGAAGGUGCUCGAGAUCCUCAAGCAAUUGGACGAUCAGCAAUUAGAAACGAAACAGACACAACUGGAAACUUUCAGGCAGCAAGCCAGUCAAUGGUAUUAUCGAACCGAAUUCGAAAUCACCGAUCGCGAGAUUAACGUUCUCAACAAUCGCUCCCUACGCUUGCAAAAGUAUAAGAGCCUGCUUUGUGCAUGGCUGAUUGUCUGCCUUGGUAAUGCGUCAGCGUCAGACCCCUUGAUGUGGAGGCCGGGCGGAGUCAUACCGAAGCUGUACAAGUCUCUUCCUCCAACAGACAGCCCCACAUUUGAAGUGCCGCGCGACUUUUCCUGUCCUAUCAGCAACGACGUGAUGCAAGACCCUGUGACUACCGUGGAUGGGUUCACAUACGAGAGGAAAGAGAUCGAAAGAUGCAAUGACCUACGACCCAACGUGCAGAAAAAAGAGCAAAUCGAUGCAUAUCUAAACGGUAAAGACAUCUUCGAAAAGUAUGCACAAUCGAGAAACAGAACAAGAGCCUCUUCGCGCACCACCCGCAUCGCCUUCAGAUCACCAAUUGAGACGCGCUCAAUGGAUGUCCCCCACAACCUGAAGGCGGUAGACCUAUGGGAACUUGCCUUCCGUUUGACCAAAGGCCGCUACACGAGCUAUGAGCUACAACAUCGAAAUGCUCGAGUUCAAGCUACCCAAGAACCUAUUACGGACAUGAUCAACACAGCUCAUGAGGUGUUCAUCACGCCUCUAGAACCGACGGUAUCAAACAAGAGCAGCGAUGUCCAAGAGCUGUGUCUCGUCAAGGUCUACCAUCACAGCGACUAUAAGAACAGCGUGGUGUCUUACUGGUUACCCAAACAGACAACAAACUCUAUAGCAUCCACGGUGUUCAAAUACUAUCGUCAGAGAUUCAUGAACCGCUCAUCAUGCCCUGUGGGGCCGCCUUUCUUCUUCUGGACGAACUUACAGAACACUGGAGACGGUCACCACACUGGUAGCACAGAGGAUCACUGGGAGCCGAUAUCACAGUUCUUCAACAACGACAGCUGUACCGGUAGAUUGGAGGAAGAGGAAAUGAUAGACGACUUCCUCAAUGACGAUAAUUCAGACGAUACUGGUCAUGAAGACACAGCACGGGGUAAUCACCCUUUGGUGUUCAAGAUAGGUCUGGGACGGCAGCCAGGCAACCGUAAAUCCAGGUACCGCAACACACUGAGCCGCUUGGACGUUUUGAAACAGAUGUUCGAUGCAUACGUAAAUCGUCUGCUCGCAUACAACUUCCGGACACAUCUCGGUUUGGUUACUUUCAGCACCAAGUCCUCUGUUACACAGAAGAUCACCCACGCCGUUGAAAACUUCCGUUACAAACUCAACAACAUAACAGCUGCGGGCGAUACGGCCAUUUGGGACAGCAUUGCUCUCGCACAGGAUCAGCUGCAGGAGUACGCCAAGCAAUACCCAAAUGCGAAGCUGAGAAUCAUAUGCAUCUCCGACGGGGAGGACAACCGAUCCACAAACAAGGCUCAUAGCCUACCGACACGACUACUGCGCGAUGGCAUCGUAGUCGACUCGUUUUGCUUGGGUGCCGGUGUCAACAAUGCCGAUCUCAAGAGAAUUUCGUUCCUGACUGGCGGAUACGUCUUCCAGCCAAAGACUCUGGAAGCAGCUAUGGCGAUCUGUGAGAUGGAACCCGUACUUUCCUUGUCAGAGCGCCCAGAUAGAUCCCACAAAGGUUCUAUCUUUCGUCGCGCUUAUCUCGCAGCCCCCGAUAUUUCCAACUUCCGUGGCGCUGACCUCAUGGGUAAGGUUGAGCAGGUCAGCCGCGACGAGUUUCCAGAUCGCAAGCAGCAUCCACAGCUCGCAGAGUCGUUCGUGGAGCUGGGCCUCUUUAACCGAAGUUCGUCCGUCAGUCGUACCGACAACAAUGUGCGUUUGAGCAGGAUACAUAACGAGAUUCGUAACUCAGGCGCCAAGCCGCAUCCGCACUACGAUGUCUUCAUCUGCGAAUCGAACAUGGGGCUUUGGAAGAUUGUCAUGCAAGGACCGCCCGAUAGUACAUACUCCGGUGGUACUUUCCUCCUUUACUUGGAGAUGGGCGACAAAUACCCGAUGUCGCCACCAGAAGCACGCUUCAUCACGCCCAUCUACCAUCCAAAUAUCAACCGCCAUGGACGUAUCUGCCAUUCGAUUCUAGACCGCAACUGGACACUAGAUACUUCUACCAAAGACGUAAUCGAUACCAUCUACUCACUUCUGCUCGUGCCGGAGUUCAGCGACCCUAUCAACACCGUCGUCACUCUCAACUAUCACUGGGACGAGGUGCAGUUCAAGGAGGAGGCGCAGCGCCACAUCGAGAAGCAUGCAAGCAAGAGCAGGGCUACUUGGCGUAGCGAUAUUGUCGGCUAA